ACGAACCCGGUCGGACCGAGUGGCGAGUGGAGCCACAGACUCACAAUUUCAUAGAACCCGAAACCAAUUUCGUCUGAAGAGGAGGAGAAAACAUGGCGAAGGCGGGGCCUGAUGCGCAUAGCAACACAGCAGCAGUUCAAGCCACAAACGACGACGCUUCGGCCAGUAAACUGUCAUGUGUCAAGAAGGGGUACAUGAAAGAUGACUACAUCCAGUUAUUUGUAAGAAGGCCUGUCAGGAGAUCUCCCAUUAUUAAUCGCGGUUACUUUGCCCGUUGGGCUGCUUUUCGAAAGCUUCUCUAUCAGUUUCUCGAUUGUCAAGGAGAUAUGGAUGGACAAGGUCACACAAAGAAGCAGAUAUUAUCACUUGGAGCUGGCUUUGAUACGACAUUUUUUCAGUUGCAGGAUGAAGGGAAAGCGCCAUAUCUAUAUGUGGAACUGGAUUUUAAAGAGGUAACCAGUAAAAAGGUGACACUUAUUGAAAGUUACAGUCAGUUGAGGGACAAAGUUGGUGGAGCAGUAUCGAUCUCACGAGAGAAAGGAGAAGUGCUUAGUGAUCACUACAAGCUACUUCCCAUUGAUUUGCGUGAUGUACAAAAAUUAGAUGAUAUCAUAGCUCUGGCUGAUAUGGAUCCCAGUCUGCCAACAUUUAUAAUUGCAGAAUGCGUUUUAAUAUACUUGGAUCCGGAUUCAUCCCAGGGUAUAGUUGGCUGGGCUGCAAAAACAUUUUCUACAGCAAUUUUUUUCUUAUACGAGCAGAUCCAUCCAGAUGAUGCCUUUGGGCAGCAAAUGAUCAGAAAUUUGGAGAGUAGAGGCUGUGCACUCCUAGGAAUUAAUGCUACACCGACUUUACUUGCUAAGGAAAAACUCUUUCUUGAUCAAGGAUGGCAGAGGGCAGCUGCUUGGGACAUGCUGAGAAUUUAUAGUGAUUUUAUUGAAGCUCAAGAAAGACGAAGGAUUGAACGGCUGGAAUUGUUCGAUGAAUUUGAAGAGUGGCACAUGAUGCAGGAGCACUACUGUGUGGCUUAUGCAAUCAAUGAUGCCAUGGGUCUCUUUGGGGAUUUUGGUUUUCCGAAAGACCAGCAACACGUGCUUAACCUCUCGUCAUCUCCGCCAUGAGAGCAUGGAGAUUCACUAUUAAAUCCAAGUUUGGUUAAACUAUUAGAAUCAGUGAAGCAAGUGAUGCAGGCACGUGCCAGGUCCACGGACUUGGGGUUUGUGAGGUAAAAACAAUGGUCUGGUCUUGCUAGACUCCAGAAGGAUUGUGUUUUAUUUGUUCUACUCGGAAUACAGAUCCAUUUAUUUGUCCUUCAUUUUGUUUUAUUAUAUUAUUGUAUAUAUAUUUUGCUAGCUAUUUAGCAAAGAAACGUGGCGGGCUCCACUCAGCUCCAAUGAUGACUCAAUUUAUUGGGUUGUGGGGUCUUUGCAUGGUUGUUUCUAUAUUAAUGUGAUUU